AUGGCGACAACAGCAGAGUCGACUCCCCUCCUGGGCAAGAAGCCCGAUCGUCCUGCUCGCAGCGUCACUUUUAAUCCUACCAUUGCAACGAGCAGUCCACCGACCCGAAGACCUAUGUUCCCUUCAGCCUCCGCACAUUCCACAGGCUCAGUCGCAACUGUAAACACUCCGCCGAGAGAUGGCAGUCAGCCCAUGCUCUCGGCUCUUAACAGCAAACUCCGCAGAAGAAAUAGUCAGGGCGCUCCAUUGUCAAUAGGUCCCGGUGCUCCCGCUGCAAAGAUCGGCCCUCAACGCACAACAAGGACGGCCCAAAAAUUAAAACUCUUGCCCAACCCGGAACAUGGUGAAGAUGGUCCUGACGAAGAGAGUGGCCGUGAUGUCUAUUCGCAAUUCACCAGAAUAAAGGAUCCAACCGCCCGUCGUGACGCCGCAAGGCUAGGCAAAGACGAUAGAGACAAACUGCCUCGUGUCACGGCAUACUGUACUGCCAGUUCAUACCGCAUGGAGGAUCUGUUACGCUUUCUCAAGGGUCGCAAAUUGAAGAAGGCCGCGCCGAAGCAAUUCGACGAAUGCAUUUACACCCCAUACCAGUACAACCCCAAAUCAGAGCCGCAGAUCGAAGAAGCCCAGAUCGUGCACUCUACAGCUCAACGACGAUUUUCUGACAGUGCUAUCGAGGUCGAAGGAAACGCCGAGAGGAGGAGGGAAGACUUGCUGGAUCUGCAGGCCGAGAGUGAAGAAUCGGCAAUAAUAGAGAACCACGAGGGAUCGACGUCCAACGAAGCUCUCCUGAUGCCACAGACCGAUACUCCCGAUUUUGACACAACGGUCCACGUUCCCGAGGUCUUCUGCUUUGAGUAUGGAGUUGUUGUAAUAUGGGGCAUGUCUGUUCAGCACGAACAGAAAUUCUUGAAGGAACUUGCCAGAUUCGAAACGGAAAAACUCUCCAAGGAUGAUAUCCAGCAAGAAAACUUCAACUUUUACUACACCAAGGAAUACCAGGCUCGAAUUUACAACGACUUUAUCAGUCUGAGGGAGAAGAAGAAUUACAUGACCAAGCUUGCCAUCAGCCAUGCCCUGGCACAGAGUACAAAGACAUCAUUAUACGAGGACUUGGUAGACAAUACGAUUGACGUCAACAAGGAGAUUCCGGCACAAAUCGCACUGACGGGCAAAGUCAACAUGUCACGAAAAGAGAUCAACAUGCAAAUUGGAGAACUUUUCAUCUUGCGAAUCAACAUCCAUCUUCAAGGAUCAGUUUUGGACGCUCCCGAGCUCAUGUGGGCAGAACCGCAACUUGACCCGGUCUACCAGGCUGUAAGAAGCUACUUGGAGAUGGACCAGAGAGUGAGUCUUUUGACGGAGCGACUGGACGUCAUUGCGGAUUUACUGGCAGUGUUGAAGGAUCAAUUAACGCAUUCACAUGGCGAGUACUUGGAAUGGAUUGUAAUUGUGCUGAUCGCGGCCGAAAUCAUGGUGGCUGUGAUUAACAUUGUGGUCGAUCUGUACGCAGGCGUGGAUUGA